AUGGGUCGUCCACUAUUUUUGACAUUCCGGCAGGACGCUCGACCUAUCCACCUUACUUCAAGAAAGAGAAACCCACGACGCUGCGUUCCUUGGAUUGCAUCACCACUUGACAACACAGACGGAGGGCAUCCACGUCUUAACCAUCAUACCGAUUCCACUCCCAUUGAAUUAUUCUUCGACCUUUUCUUCGUUGCAAAUCUGUCUACUUUCACCGCCACUCGUGAAAUAAAUAAUUUAGAAGCACUGUGGUCUUACAUUGGCUUCCUCAGCAUUAUCUGGUUUACGUGGUUUCAAGUGGCCCUGUUCGAUAUACGUUUUGCACAGGAUUCAAUAUUCGAGAGGAUUUGCAAAGCACUCCAGCUUGCGACUAUGGUUGGGUUUGCUUCCACCGGCUCCGGCUUCGCCACACAAGUUCGCGAUGAGAACGUCUGGGCAUUUCUUUCGUUGAGCAUCCUUCUGGCCUGUAGCCGCCUGCUAUUAAGUGUCGAAUAUUCAAUAGCCUCAAUAUUCUUAUAUGGCACAAUGCAAGUGGCUUCCAAAAGGUUGCUGUUUAUCGUCGCAGUUUUUAUCGGAACAGGAGUUACCUAUACGGGGCUUUACUUCGUUUUUAACAAUAACACGGGCACCAAGGGAGAGUAUGUGUGGGCUUCUUGGUUUUUGAUAUUCGCAAUCGAAACGCUCGUUGUGAUGUCAGUGUCGGGUCGCACACCCGGAAUUGGUUUUGAAGAUACCCAUCUCAACGUUCGAAUGGGACUUCUGACGUUGAUAAUUAUUGGGGAAGGUGUUAUCUCCGUAACUAGGCUCGUCAACCAGACAGUUGGCUCUUCCGGCUGGUCAAAGUGGUCCUUUGUUCAUAUACUUGGUGUAACUAUGGGAGUAUACCUUUUAUGGCAAUCUUACUUCGAUAUUUCGCCCCGUAUGAAAUAUGGAAUUACCAACCAACAGAUCUGGACGCAGCUGCAUUUCCCGUUCCAUGUUAUGGUUGUCCUUCUCUCAGAAGGAUCCCAGAUUCUAGUCCUUACUUUGGAUAUAUCCCUCAAACUCAAAUAUCUGAGCAACACGAUUCUCUCUGCAUGUGAACCGCCCCGUCCGGACCCGAAUUUUGCUAUCGACCAGCUCAACAACACAAUCGCGGACAUGGAUAUAGACUACACCAAAGGUGCUCUUAAAGAGCAACGCUGUAUACAAUAUAUCUUGCAGACUCUUCGAGAUAGCCCCCAACUGUGUCCGUCGAUGAAUAACCCCGGAUCCCUCACACUUCAGCGCUCCCAUGACCUGAUGGGAAAUGUGACAGCGAGUCUGUUUUCAAGCAUGGGGAUAACACUCCCCUUGGACGUGGUAGAGAGUGAGAAGUUGUUGAUGUUGUACUUGCGACUGCUUGGGUUUGUGUACAUAUACUAUUUCGUUGUCGCAUCGUUUGCCAUGUUCAUACUCGCCGCUUUUGUUUUCCUUACCCAGCGCCAUACUGGAAGGAUUUAUGCAUGGGUGGCUAUUACAACACGCGUUCUGCUGGGAAUUAUACUGCUAGCCAUGGUCACAAUCGUGGCGAAUUUUGAUCUUAUCUAUAGAUUUAUGACGAGUCCACUGAUUAUUUUCACGUUUACGUUGGCGUUAUUCGUAGCUCUGUUGAUUGACCGGCUGUUGGAUUUGAUCGCUCUGAAAAGGGGAAAGCCGGAAAUUGGGGAGGUAUCUGCGACCGAGCCGUACGAGAUGUUUCAACUCAGUCCUAUGGCAACGACAAUUUCUGAUGACAGUACUGUUGGUAGUUAG